AUGAUUAGCGCUGCCAUCGACUGGCUCGAGAAAGCCGGAGUAACAAUCGCGGCGCACAAGUCCGAGGCUGUUCUAUUAAGCAGCAGACAAACGGUGGAGAGUAUGCUGGUCUCCGUCAACGGGACACAGGUGACCUCAAAGGAGUCCUUUAAGUACUUGGGUGUUAUGAUAGACCAUAGACUAUCGUUCAAGGACAAUGCCAUAUAUGCUAGCAGGAGGGCAGCAAUUACAGCUAUUUCCUUGACGAGACUCAUGCCCAACGUUGAAGGUCCCAGAAAAACGGACAGGAAACUACUGGUGUCGGUAGCAAAGGCAACGCUACUAUAUGCUGCACCAAUCUGCAUUAAUGCCCCUAAAUUGGUCAAGGAACUUAAUGUCAACAAUACCAAAACCUUGGAGCUGCUAAAAACAACCUCCCACACAGCCGAUAUAUUGAUGGGCUGCGUCAUAAUCACCGGAGUCGUUCUAAUAACGAUCCGCAUCUUGAUUAGGAGGGUCGCAAAAUUCCGUGUCAACCCAAACACCGAAGACGAACAGAUCAACGACCGCAACGAGUGGGGACACUCGAUUUUAAAGGUGGAGGAGUUAACACCAGAGGAAUUGCACGCGCAUCCGGCCGUGCAGCUGCAAUAA